CCCGGCGGCGGCGGCGGCCCGGGCGGCGGCGGCCCGGGCGGCGGAGGCGGCGCGGGGCCCGGGCCAUCGCCUGUGACCGCGGCGCUGCGGGACGACCUGGGCUCUAACAUCCAUCUCCUGAAGGGGCUCAACGUGCGCUUCCGCUGCUUCCUGGCCAAGGUGCACGAGCUGGAGCGGCGCAACCGGCUGCUAGAGAAGCAGCUGGAGCAGCAGCAGAGCGAGCGCGAGCGCCGGCUGCGCUACAAGACCUUCUCCCGCGAGCAGGCGGUGCAGACGGGCCCGGAGCUCACCCUGGCUCUGGCCCGGGCAUCCGGUUCUCUGCAGCCCCCGCAGCCCCCACCGCCGCUAAUGCCCCCGCCGCUGCCGCCCGGCGCCAACGGUAACGUGCCCCCGGGCGCCGGCGGCUCGCACCCGCAGCACUACAGCCGCCUGCCCGGCACCAUCUGGAGCUACACGCAGGUCCGGCGCACUGGCGGCGGUGGAGUGGAGACCGUGCAGGGCCCCGGCGUGUCCUGGGUGCACCCGGACGGCGUGGGCGUGCAGAUCGACACCAUCACCCCCGAGAUCCGGGCCCUCUACAACGUGCUGGCCAAGGUGAAGCGGGAGCGGGACGAGUACAAGAAGAAAUGGGAGGAGGAGCUGGCCAAACGCAUGAACCUAGAGACCAUGGUGGAAACGCUCCAGGAGGCUGCUCAAGAAGCUGAGGCUAUCCAGGAGGAGAUGAACGAGAAGAUCGAGCGGCUGAAGGCUGAGCUGGUGGUGUUUAAAGGGCUCAUGAGUGAUCCCAUGACUGACCUGGACACAAAGAUCCAAGAGAAGGCCAUGAAGGUGGACAUGGAUAUCUGCCGGCGAAUCGAUAUCACGGCCAAGCUGUGCGAUGUCGCACAGCAGCGGAACUCAGAAGACGUGUCCAAGAUCUUCCAGGUGGCAUCCAAGAAGAAGGACCGCAAGAUCGCCACAGACGACGACGUGUCUGAGCAGGAUGGGGAGGUCACCAGGUUGUCGGACGAUGAGGUCAGCUCCAUGAACAUCACGGACGAAAUGAAGCGAAUGUUCAACCAGCUGAGAGAGACCUUUGACAUUGAUGAUGACUGUGACAGCCUGACAUGGGAAGAGAACGAAGACACUUUACUGCUCUGGGAGGACUUUACAAACUGCAAUCCAUCUAUUGACCUGCAGGGAGAGCAAGAAGAAAAUUUGGGAAACUUGAUUCAUGAAACCGAAUCCUUCUUUAAGACGAGAGACAAGGAAUAUCAAGAGACGAUAGGCCAGAUUGAGCUGGAGCUGGCUACAGCCAAGAGCGACAUGAACCGCCAUUUACAUGAGUACAUGGAGAUGUGUAGUAUGAAGAGAGGCCUGGACGUUCAGAUGGAGACCUGCCGGCGGCUCAUCAAGGGCUCUGCAGACAGGAACUCUCCAUCCCCCAGCUCCAUGGCCAGCAGCGACUCAGGAAGCACAGAUGAAAUCCAGGACGACUUUGAGAGAGAAAACGAUGUGGAGCCGAUGGUCAGCUGAUGAACCUUGGGGAGAGGGUGCCUGGAGAUCUGGGGGGAGAGCAGGACCUCCUCCCCACCCCAGGAGAGCUGGGGGAACUGGGACCGGGGAAAGGACUUCUGACACUCUCCCUCCCCUCCUGGGGCUUCUGCGGACUGCUGCUUCCCACCGCCACCCACCACCCACUGCCCGCCACCUUCCUCCACCCACCCACCCACCCACCUGAGGAUUGGUGCUGUCAAUUUCUAUUCUACACUACAAAUGCGAACUCUGUCCAGAGAUACGGUGUUAAUUGUGCCUUUCCCCUUAAGCUGAGCCGCUUAAAGAACUCUUCCGAACUGGUGUUUUUAUAUUCAAUUAUCAGAUGGGGGCAGAGGGCCCCUGGAUGGCAGAGAUGGAGUUUUAUACCCUCCCACUUGCUGCGCCGAUUGGCAGUACUCCUUGCCUGCUGUGUCCUGCCCUACCCUGCCCCACUGGCCCCUGACCACUCCGGGAGGAAGGGAAUCUCCCAGAUACUUUUCAUGGAAGAAAAGCUUUGUGCUGCCAAUGUUGGGGGGGGGGGAGGAGGAAGAGAGGGGAAGGAUGCCUUCACUCCUUAAUUUUUU